AUGGCAAUCAUGUUGCCUCGCAUUAUCAAAAGCAGGUUUCAUGGCCAUCGUGUUUUUCACACGUAUUGCCUUGACAAAAAAGAUUCUGGAAGAUUAGAUUGCAUAAUAUGCCAUGAUGAGGUCAACAUGGAAUACGGUAGUUAUUAUUGUACGAAGUGCAAUAUCAUAUUGCAUGUGAACUGUGCAGUGGGAGAUUCAUCAUUGUUUUAUGCUAUUUCACCCGAAGAUGAAGAUGAGAAGCCUCUUGAUGUAUCUUUCAACUCCAUCACUGAUGUUCUUAACAGGAAUGAUGCAGGAGAAGCCACGAUAAUAGAGCAUUUCAAGCAUAAUCACUACUUAAUUCUAAGUGAUAAAUGUUGUGAUGGAUGCGAAAAAUGUAAGUUCGUUUCUAAUGGCUUUGCCUAUAAAUGUAAUGAAUGUGAAGAGCACAUUUGCCUUCAAUGUGCAACUCUUCCUCCUGAUGCUCUAACAUAUCCAGAACAUGAACACCCCCUUCUUUUCUACAAUGAUUUUGACGGGCAAUGCAGUGCUUGUGGUAACAAUAUAAUAACGGCAUUCGGCUGCAACGAUUGCAAUUAUUCAGUAGAUCCUUGGAACAUCUACAAAGAAGAGAAUCAUCCACACCCUCUCACAUUUGUGAACUACACAAAGUACUACCUUGAAUGCAGUGAAUGUGAUGAGGUGUGUCAAGAUGUAGCUCUUGUAUGUGCAGAACAAAAUGUAUCUGAUAGCAUGCAGUUUCACUUGUGA